GACACAAGCAGAAGCAGUCUGUGAGAGUGUGUGUGAGAGUGUGUGUGCGCGAAGCCGGAGCGCAGAGAGAGAGAGAGAGAGGGUCCGCCGGAUCCCUUACUGAAACUCUACCUCACAAUCCCACUCACUGGUGCUCCCCUACAGGGUCCGAGAACGCAUCCCAGAGGAGUACACCUUUACCCCCACGACUGGUGAAACGCCCCCCCCACCCACAUGGAGCCAUGUGAACCCCUGUCUCCUGCUUCGCUUGGGAUCUGAUUUCGGAUUGCCUCCUUGGGGAGAAGCUCCAGGCGCUGGAUCUUUUGAAGUAAGGAGGGACUCCGAAGAUCUCAGCUAGCCCAGAGGGAGGCACUUUGCUCUGGGCACUGUGGGCUGCAAGCCCCCCUGGGCUGGAGGCCAGCGCUCCAGCGCCAUGGAUUACCUAGUUGGGAUUUUUCUGCUGUUGUGUGGGGUGGCGUUACCUGGAAGAGUUGCACCCCAGCACACCAAAGAGAACGUGCCCAGACUCAAGCUCUCCUACAAGGAAAUGUUGGAAUCCAGUAAUUUAGUGACUUUCACCGGAUUGGCAAACAGUUCAGGUUACGACACGUUCCUGAUGGAUGAGGAGAGGGGAAGAUUACUGGUUGGUGCGGAGGAUCACGUCUUCUCUUUUGACCUGGUCAACAUCAACAGAGACAUCAAACAGAUCGCCUGGCCCGCCACACCUUCCAAACGCGAUGAAUGCAAGUGGGCUGGAAAAGACCUUGGUAAAGAAUGCUCAAACUUUGUGCGUGUGCUGCAGCCGUAUAACCAGACGCAUAUUUACAUAUGUGGCACCGGAGCUUUCCAUCCUGUCUGUUCUUACCUGGAGAUAGGCAAGCGAGCAGAGGACAACAUCUUCAGACUGGAUGCCAAUUACUUUGAGAAUGGACGUGGGAAAAGUCCCUAUGAUCCAAAGAUGCAGUCCUCAUCCCUCCUGAUUGAUGGUGAGCUGUAUUCUGGAACAUCAGCAGACUUCAUGGGACGAGACUUCGCCAUUUUUCGAACACUUGGGUCACAUCAUCCGAUCAGAACUGAGCAGCAUGAUUCUAGAUGGCUGAAUGACCCCAGGUUUCUAGGAAUACACCUGAUCCCAGAAAGCGAUAAUCCUGAAGAUGACAAGAUCUUCCUGUUCUUCAAAGAAAAUGCCAUGGAUGGUGAACAUACAGGCAAAGCUACUAUCUCCAGGAUAGGACAACUGUGUAAGAAUGACAUGGGUGGACACAGGAGUCUUGUGAAUAAAUGGACAACCUUUUUGAAAGCCAAGCUGACUUGCUCGGUUCCUGGCCUUAAUGGCAUAGACACAUAUUUUGAUGAACUGCAGGAUGUGUUUCUGAUGAGUGCUAAAGACCCAAAGAAUCCAGUGAUCUAUGCUGUGUUUACUACAUCCAGUAAUAUCUUCCGUGGAUCGGCUAUAUGCAUGUAUAGUAUGGCAGACAUCCGAAGGGUAUUUCUAGGUCCAUAUGCCCACAGGGACGGGCCAAACUACCAGUGGGUUCCCUUCCAGGGCAGAGUGCCAUACCCCCGUCCUGGCACAUGUCCCAGCAAAACAUUUGGAGGCUUUGAUUCAACCAAAGACCUUCCUGAUGAUGUAAUCACAUUUGCACGCUUGCACCCAGCUAUGUAUAACCCCGUGCAACCCAUGGGUGGGAAGCCCAUCGUGGUGCGAACGAAUGUGGAGUACCAGUUCACUCAGCUGGUCGUGGAUCGUGUAGAAGCUGAGGACGGCCAGUACGAUGUCAUGUUCAUUGGCACAGAUUUAGGAACUGUGCUGAAGGUGGUGACCAUUCCCAGGGAAAGCUGGCAUGAUCUGGAGGAAGUGGUGCUGGAAGAGAUGACGGUGUUCAGGGAGCCAACACCUAUUACUGCCAUGGAGCUCUCCACUAAACAACAACAGCUGUACCUCGGGUCAGAUUUAGGGAUUUCCCAGAUGCCCCUGCACCGCUGUGAAGUCUACGGGAAGGCCUGUGCCGAGUGCUGCCUGGCAAGAGAUCCGUAUUGUGCCUGGGAUGGGACUGAGUGCUCUCGAUAUUUUCCGACUGCUAAGAGGAGAACGAGACGUCAGGACAUCAGAAAUGGGGAUCCUCUUUCGCAGUGCUCUGAUCUGCACCACAAUGAUGAUUUGGAAGGAUACAGCAGUGUGGAGGAGAGAAGUGUGUACGGCGUAGAGAACAGCAGCAUGUUUCUGGAAUGCAGCCCGAAGUCUCAGAGAGCUCUAAUCUACUGGCAGCUACAGAGACCCAAUGAUGAGCGUAAACAUGAGAUUGUGAUUGAUGAAAGGCUGAGUCUUACUGGCCAAGGUUUGCUGAUCCGAAGUCUAACCCAGGCCGACUCGGGAGUGUACCACUGCCACGCCGUCGAGCACGGUUUCAUCCAGCCCCUGCGGCGUAUUAAUCUCCAGGUCAUCCCAUCACAGCGCGUGGGCGAGCUGUUGCUCCGGGCGGGCGCCAACGAUAAGGAUCCCUCCCCCAAACACAAACUCUGGUACCGGGAUUUCAUGAGCCUCCUGGAGCAUCCAGAUCUCAACAGCGUGGACGAGUUCUGCGAGCGCGUUUGGAAGCGCGAGAAGAAGCCGAAGGGAAAGAAAACCCCCAAAGUCAAUCCCAUUCCUGGCGUAGGUACAAAAACAGAUAAGACGCCUCAAACAACAGCUCAGAGUUUGCAAAACCCACAGAGAGCGCAAAACACACCCAAAGUGCCGAGCAACCCAACAGUUCAGAUUCUCCCGAAGUCGACGGGUUUGCAAAGAAGUCAAGUUCCGGGAAGUACCGUAAGCACGGAGAGCCAAAGCAUCAAACCGGACACUCAAAGCACGCAGAAGGCACAAAGUGCUCCUGAGAGCCAAAGAGCACAGCCAAACCAGGGAAAAAGAGGCUCCCAGACUCCACAAAGAGGACCUCCUAAUACAGCCAAGUGGAAACAGCUUCAGGAGAACAAGAGGGGGCGCAACCGCAGGACCCACGAACAGCAGAGACCACCGCGCAGCGUGUGAGAUAACAUAAACACUUGUAAACAUCCGCAUCAGCCACUCAUACAACAGACAAACGUGCAGUGCGGCCAUAAUUGAUAGCACAAAACUCAAAAACGGUGACCUCAACUGGAUUCCCACUCAUGUCACUUGUUCACCAGGGAAAGCACAUUGACUUUGUUGUUGUGGUGUGACAGCUAAGACCCUUUACACCUUUAACACUACUAGUGUUACAGAUCCGACGUCAUACACGUGAUGUUUUCAUCAAAGGACGCGAGAUGCUCGUUUGCCAAAAACCUUUGCGACGUGAUGGGAUAGUGCCAAUGGAAAAAGAAGAAGAAACUCUUUUGUCAAAGAGACGUGGUGGAGUGAUUUAGGCACCUGGAAAACUGGAAGCCAGUUGCUUAGAUUUGUAAAGACUGUAAUAUAUAAGCAAGCAUUGUACUGUACAUAGAACAACACUAAGUAAUUAUGGACACAAUUGGUCAAAGGUUGAAAUUAAGGCAUGCCUUAGUAACAGCUUGUCUAACCUCUGAUCCUCAGAAGCGUUUUGAUGUUCGUGUUAAUUAUGUUUCAGAUAAUCAAGUGGGCCUGACUGACUUAAAAAAAAAAAAAAGAAGUCGAUAA